AUGGAAGAAGAUCAAGAUCACAUUAGAAUACCAGUUAUAAUUGAUAAAGAAGAACAAAUAAUAAAAGAAUCGACAUUAUUUACAAAAUAUGCAGCAAUUAGUCAGGACGAAUCAUUUAUAGUUAUCCUUGACAGUAUGUUUCUGCUUUCCGAAGAACAUUCUAAAUCAUUAACAUUUAUUGAAAAUCAAAAAGUGUUGAUGAAAUCGGAUGAUUUUUCAAAUUGGUCUAUUGCUGUGUCAAAUGAGCAUCAAGAAAGAUUUAGAUUGGUCGCUAUAUCUUGCAUAAGUCAAGGUGAUAUGCAAGAUCUGUCAGGUUCGGAAAAUUAUAGUAGUUGUGGUUUUACCAAAAUAUGGAUGAUCAGAAACGACUUUGAUAUCAAUGAGUGCAAUAUAGAAAUAGAAAAUG